UGACUAAUUUUUAGCACUGUAAUUUUGAUUUCCUGUGUGUGUGGUUGGUUUCUACAUUGAAUUGUACUGGGGCGGAAAGUUACGAUCGUGAACACACGCUUCCACGUGUGUAGGGUAUAAUGAGAACAACGCAAUGCCGCGCAUCCUUGAGAGGUCUUGUGGCCGUGACUGAAGAAGGGUCGACGUGGAAAUAGAGGGGAGGGAAGCGAUCAAGACCAGGGAUUAAGAUAUGAAAUUACGCCUAUUUGCAUGGCCAGUUUUUCUCCUUGCAUACACCGUGUUUGCUGCGCUGCCUAGACCUUAUAAUGUGAGGAUGGAUGCAGUGAACACUCGAUACAUCAUGAAAUGGGACUGGAAUCACUCCAUGGCCAAUCACAACAUCACGUUCACCGCUCAAUACACAUUUUCUCAUAAACAGUCGGACGAGAGGUCCUACACAGGGAUGUGUAUCAGGAUAACUGAGGAGAGGUGUGACUUCUCUAGGGAGCUGAACUUCUACAUGGGGUCAUACAUACUGAGAGUGAGGGCCGAGGGCAGGGGUCAGAUGUCAGACUGGUACAGGCUGAAGUUCGUUCCUGAUGAACAUGCGGACCUAGGCCCCCCAUCCCAUGUGGCAUUCGAUCCAGGGGACACCAUGUUAACAGUGAGCUUCAGGGAGCCAAUGACGGAGCAGAACACCCCCAUGAGAUCUGUGUUAGACAUGUCCUUCAGUCUGCAGUAUUGGGAGAAGCAUUCACCCAGCAAGAAACAAGAGAAAGUUUUUGACUCCACAGAGGGAACAUUGUUCCCGCUGAAGCCCUGGACAGAGUACUGCCUGCAGGUCAAUGCAUUCAACAAAUUGUACAAUAAGACCAGCCCAUACACACAGCAACAGUGUGUGAGGACCCUGGGAUAUCCUCCGGUGUGGAAGGUGUUGCUGGCUCUGCUGGGCUGUGUAGCUCUGAUGACGACAGUGCCUGUCUACAGAUGCCACAAAAAGAGAAAAAGUAUUGUCUCAAAGCACACAUUUCCCAGCAGUAUACUGCAUAACACACAGGAUACAAUAUCCCUUCUCCUCCUGCCUCGGGAGGAGAGCUGUGUGGCCACAGUUGUGGUGGCUGUACAGGUAGAGCAGACAAGCCAGGGUCAACAGCAACAGGUCAAGGGUCAGGGAGAUGUUGAGGCGGAGCAGGACAGUGGCUCCUCCUCCAUCCAGAGAGGACAAGGCAGCUCCAGUCAGGACUCUGGGAUCUACUCAGGAGAAGACAGUGGAAAGAAGAGCACAGGAUCAACAACAACAAGUCAACCUAAAGAGACACACUGAGAAGAAAAAAAAAUGGAUCCCCAUAGCAAACUGCUGUAGAGCAAUUAGUGGAAUUUUAGGAAGCAGCUUGGAUUCACUGUCAAGAGGAGAGCUCUCGGGGAAAUUCUCUUUUAGUCAAAUGACUUUUUAAGACAUUUUUAGACUAGCUAUAAGACCCGAUGCAUUUCUCUAGUUGAGUUUAUUGAGUUGCCUGGGAAUAAUGGCCAAUAAUGCAGGUUAUGGAAUGUACUGUAUAUGUUAUUAUUUUUAUGUUAUUCCCAUGCAAUAGGAGAUAUGAAAUAUAUUUUGCUCAGAUAAUUCACAGGC